CCUGCCGCCCCCCGCGCCGCCUCGUCGAGCUCGGCCCGGCUCCCGCCCAGGCGGCGGCCGACGCGACGCCCGCAGAGUCACCUGGUGUGCUUCUAUGCCGCGUAUUCAAGUCACGGAAUCUAUUCCUGUGAUAGAGGAAACCAGGCUCUUACCAUACAGCUUUUGAGUGGUUCCCGUUUUCACGCUGAAACCUAACUGAGCCGCGGUCUCCAUCCCUCCUGUGCAGUCUGGAUUAGCAGAAGGCCCUUUCCGCUGUGCGUCCUCCACUCGCAGCUGUGACCUGUCCACCCGCGUCUCCCUGCCCGCUGGGGCGUCAGAGCCAUGGCAACCGAGGAGAAGAAGCCAGAGACCGAGGCCGCCCGAGCACAGCCCACCCCGUCGUCAUCGGCCACGCAGAGCAAGCCCACACCUGUUAAACCAAACUACGCCCUGAAAUUCACCCUGGCCGGCCACACGAAAGCUGUGUCCUCCGUGAAGUUCAGCCCGAACGGCGAGUGGCUGGCGAGUUCGUCUGCAGAUAAACUCAUUAAGAUUUGGGGAGCAUAUGACGGAAAAUUUGAGAAAACCAUCUCUGGUCACAAGCUGGGGAUAUCCGAUGUGGCCUGGUCGUCAGAUUCUAACCUCCUUGUUUCCGCCUCAGAUGACAAGACCCUGAAGAUAUGGGAUGUGAGCUCGGGAAAGUGUCUGAAAACCCUGAAGGGACACAGCAAUUACGUCUUUUGCUGUAACUUCAACCCCCAGUCCAACCUCAUCGUCUCGGGCUCUUUCGAUGAGAGCGUGAGGAUAUGGGACGUGAAGACAGGAAAGUGCCUCAAGACAUUGCCGGCGCACUCAGACCCUGUCUCAGCCGUGCAUUUUAAUCGCGACGGAUCCCUGAUCGUCUCCAGCAGCUACGAUGGACUCUGUCGGAUCUGGGACACCGCCUCGGGCCAGUGCCUGAAGACGCUGAUCGAUGACGACAACCCCCCCGUGUCGUUCGUGAAGUUCUCUCCGAAUGGCAAGUACAUUCUGGCCGCGACCUUGGACAACACGCUGAAGCUCUGGGACUACAGCAAAGGCAAGUGCUUGAAGACGUACACGGGCCACAAGAACGAGAAGUACUGCAUAUUCGCUAAUUUCUCCGUCACUGGCGGGAAGUGGAUCGUGUCAGGCUCGGAGGACAACCUGGUCUACAUCUGGAACCUGCAGACCAAGGAGAUUGUACAGAAGCUUCAGGGCCACACAGAUGUUGUCAUCUCGACGGCCUGCCACCCGACCGAGAACAUCAUCGCCUCGGCCGCCCUGGAGAACGACAAGACCAUCAAGCUCUGGAAGAGUGACUGCUAGGUCCGCCGUGCGGAGGGACUGUCGGGAGGUCCACCUGGAUCGGCAGGCGUGCGGUUCUCGGGGGGCUGCCUGGUCCAGGCCCGGGAGACUGGAGGGGCCUGGCCUGAGCUGCCUCAGAAGACCCCCUGGCCGGGGCGUGUCUCCCACCAGAGGGGCUGGGAGUUGCUGGUGACGUUUCUUGCCCGUUGCUUUCUCACCGUCUGGGGAAGAGUUCCUACCUAGUCUGUAUUGUGUUCAAAGAGUCAACAGAAAUUUUUAAUUUUUUAUUACAAAAAGGCGACGUUCACCUUG